CCGUUUCCACCAACUUUAACUUCCAAAACCUCAUAGCAUCAUCAGCUGCUAAAACCUUAAACCCUCUUCUCCAGUUGCAAAAAUCAAUCAGCACCACCAAACAUCACAGAGAAAUGAUCAUAGCUAGAAACCUCCCUGCUUCAAAAACAAAACUCAAGCCUCUCUUAUCUCUCUCUUUUCUUGUUCAAUCACCCUUAACACCAUCAAAAACCCAUGAUUCCUAUUGUAAUUUCUAUCCGCAAAACCCUACAAAAACCAAUUUCCUGUAUUUUUUCUCUUCAAAACCCACCAAUCCAAACCCACCAAAGCACCAAACUUUUCCUUCUUUGCAUCUCACCAGAGAUGGAAAUUACGACGAUGCAACACCUCCGGCCACCGUCUGCCCUGGCUGUGGGGUCCACAUGCAAUAUACAAACCCAAAACACCCUGGUUUCUACAAAGAGCCAUCAGUUAAAGACCCGGAUUACAAGUCUGACGCCCACUUAGUACCCAUUUCACUAGAGUCGGAGUUUCCAGGUUCCCUCAAGAGGGGUUUCUUUGUUGAACCUGAUAGCCAAAACCCAGAUCUUGAUUUGGCUGAAAAUGAGUCAGUUUUGGGGAAAAGGCCUCCUGUAGUGUGUGCUAGGUGUCAUUCUUUGAGACAUUAUGGGAAAGUUAAGGAUCCAACCGUGGAGAAUUUGUUGCCCGAGUUUGAUUUUUAUCAUACAGUUGGUAGGCGUUUGGUUUCGAGUUCUGGAGCCAGGACUGUGGUUCUUUUGGUUGUUGAUGCUGUGGAUUUUGAUGGGUCGUUUCCUAAAAAAGUAGCUAAGUUAGUUUCGGAUUCGAUUGAGGAAAAUUUCACUGCUUGGAAAGAAGGGAAGUCGGGGAAUGUAGCUAGGAUUGUGCUUGUUGUGACUAAGAUUGAUUUGCUGCCUAGUUCAUUGUCGCCUUUAGGAUUUGAACAAUGGGUUAGGCGAAGAGCAAGGGAAGGUGGUGCUAGUGUGAUUAAGAAAGUGCAUUUAGUGAGUUCGGUGAGGAAUUGGGGAUUGAAGAAUUUGGCUGAGGAUGUGAUUGAAUUGGCAGGGGCUAGAGGUCAUGUGUGGGCUGUGGGGGCGCAGAAUGCAGGGAAGAGUACGUUGUUAAAUGCAAUGGCGAAGUGUGUUGGUGGAAAUGAAAGGAAGGUUAGUUAUUUGACGGAGGCUCCUGUGCCUGGUACGACGUUGGGGAUUGUUAGGGUGGAAGGUGUUCUUCCAGGGCAGGCAAAGCUAUUUGACACUCCAGGGCUUUUGAAUCCACAGCAGAUUACAACAAGGUUGAAUAGGGAGGAGCAGAGGCUUGUGCAUAUCAGCAAGGAGUUGAAACCAAGGACUUACAGAAUCAAGGAAGGUCAUUCAGUUCAUAUUGGCGGGCUCAUGAGACUGGAUAUUGUAGAAUUAUCAGUAGAUUCUCUAUAUGUCUCAGUGUGGGCAUCUCCAUAUCUUCCGUUACAUAUGGGGAAAACGGAAAAUGUAAGCACCAUGGUAGAAGACCAUUUCGGUCGUCAGUUACAGCCUCCAAUUGGGGAUAAGCGAGUUAAAGAUCUUGGAAAAUGGGUGAGACAGGAAUUUCAUGUCUCUGGGAACAGGUGGGACUCAAGUUCUGUAGAUGUUGCUGCUGCUGGUCUUGGUUGGUUUGGUAUUGGACUCAAAGGAGAGGCAAUCUUGGGUGUUUGGACAUAUGAAGGAGUUGGUGUUGUUCUUCGUGAUGCUUUGAUUCCUUAUAGAGCCCAGAGUUUUGAAGUAACAGGAUUUACUGUGUCAAAAAUUGUCUCAAAGGCUGACCAGGCUUUGAAUAAAUCUCUGAGCCAAAGUGAAAAGAAGAGGAAACAAAGUAACCAAGAAGUAGCUGCAUCAGCUGAAUUAUUAGUAUCAGCAAUUCAUGAAGAUGCAAAUUCUUGCUAGUAUGUCAGAUUCAUAGAAGAAAAGGAACAGUAUGUAAAACUGUUGCUGAGCUGAGCUGAGGUGGUGAUUAACAAACUAGUGAUGGUAGAAAUUGAACAACUGUAAACCUAUUUCAUGAGAUGAAGGAAAUAGCUGGCAACAUACACCAUCUGUAGAGGGAAGAUCUUUAAUUUUUGUGCCCGCUUGCCAAACCAAAAUCUUUUGAGGAGUAUAUGGGAAUGAGGCUAAUUCCCUUUUCAAACCAAAGUUUUUGGAGGAUCUAGUCGGGGAAGAGGCUUAUUUCAUUGUCCCCGUGGAACAUGGAUACAAAGGGUUCAUCUAUUUAGCAACUUGAAAGUUUGUUUGUCCACUAAAAAUAUUCAACCAGGCAUAUGAUUAAUUUUAAGGAUGCCACCACUGUUUUGUAGGACUCUCUACAGCUUUUCUUCUGCAGGAAGAGUUUGAUUACUUGUGUGAUAAAACUGCUACAGUUUGUAGCAAGUCCUGUAUUUAUGUGCCUUGCAACCCAGUUCUAUCUCAAGAUUUUCGUGUUUGGACUUGUAAA